GUGCAGCGUUGCAGUAUCGGUUUUGAUUUGCUGUUUGCAUUUGAGCUGAUGUGAGAGAGGAGAAGAGGUCAGUGUUAUGGUCAGGCAUCUCGUUGAUGGACGUCGUCACAUCGAACAGCAGAAUGAGAGUAAUAUCAGCCGAUAAGGUACUUCAGCGUGAGCUGAGCACCCUGAGCAAGAGCAUGCCCUCUUGCAUGGUGCAGCAGAUUUCUGAUUGCCUGCGCUGCUCGCGUGAUCUCACUGAUUACGAGGUGCAGAUGAUCUGCUCUGGAGUCACAGACACGCAACAAGCUACACGUCUCCUGCAAACGCUCCUGCACAAGGGCCGCACAGCAUGUCUGCACUUCUUCCAGUGCCUGAAUGCAUGCAACACUGCACUCUUUCAUGCCGUCACCAAAGGCUUGGUGAAGAUUACUGAUGAGGCUCACCAUCAUGUGGAGAAGUCUUCCUUUUCAGAAGCAACUGAAACCGUUCCUCCAUGUGUCAUUAACAUUAACAAUUCCUCGCUGAACAACUGCAUCAUAGGAAACAACAACAGCUUGUGCUGUCUGCUCUCUCAGACUGAUGUCAUUAACGAUGCGGUGGAGCAUAUGGAGAGGAAUCAUCCGCACAGAGAGACAUCAGAGUCCACAGAGGCUCAUAAAGUUCAGGUGGAGAGCUCCAACGUAGAGUACGUCAUCAUAGGAGACAACAACUACAUGAACGUUGAGAGUAGUCUGGACUCACAAUUUCAGGAGGAAACUGAUAGUGUACAAGAGGAUUCGGAGGGGUAAAGAGGCCCAAAAGGUCUAGAUGGAGACCACAGACAGACUGUAUACUAUAUAUAUAUUUAU